GCGUCGAAGAGGCGUGGCCGGGAAACGCUGGAGAUCCUCGCGGCGUGGAAGCGCUGAGGGUUCUUUUGUAAACAAACGUUCCGGGAGAUGGAGGGCGACCGCGCGGCUCAGGAGGUGGAGCGGACGCCCUCCGAGGCGAAAGAGCAGCAGCGCGGACAAUCAGCGGAGGAAGGAGGGCAGUGGGAAGAACUGGAGAAGUACCGGAAGCGCCUGUGCUCGGAAUUUGCCUCCAUUAGUAGUAGUGAUACAGCUGUGGCUGAGCGCUACCUGGCCGAGAAUGGCUGGGAUAUGCAGAAGGCGCUGAAUUCGUUCUUUGACCCGCCUCGCGAGCAAGACGCCCUCAGGACGCCUCAGCAGGUUCCAACCACGGGGGCUCUUGUUGAGCUAACUGAUGAUUCGGCUACCAAUACUGUAGCUGCUGUGGUGGAAAGUGCAGGUGUUUGCCCACAAGAUGACAGCACUUUUUCUUUAAUUACUUGGAAUAUUGAUGGCCUGGAUUCGAAUAAUCUGCAAGAAAGGGCACGGGGAGUCUGUUCCUAUAUAGCUUUAUACAGCCCAGAUGUGGUAUUUUUACAGGAGGUUAUUCCUCCCUAUUUCAGUUACCUCCAGAAGAGAGCAGUUAGUUACACAAUUAUUCCAGGUAAUAUGGACAAUUAUUUUACUGCCAUCAUGCUAAAAAAAUCGAGAGUAAAAGUUUUAAAACAUGAAAUAACAGCUUUUCCUACAACCAGUAUGCUGAGAAAUUUAUUAGCAGUAUAUGUAACCAUUUCUGGUAAUGACCUGUGCCUUAUGACUUCCCACUUGGAGAGUACUAAGGAUCACAGUGAAGAACGUUUAAAACAGUUGAGACUGGUGCUUGCCAAAAUGGCAGAAGUACCCGAGUCUAGCACUGUGAUUUUUGGAGGUGAUACUAACUUAAGAGACAAAGAGGUUGCUAAAAUAGGUGGCUUACCUAACAAUAUUUUGGAUAUUUGGGAGUUCUUGGGCAAGCCUGAGCAUUGCCACUACACAUGGGAUACAAGCCAAAACACUAACUUGAAUGUACGCUACAAGUGCAAAACUCGGUUUGAUCGUCUGUUUAUGCGAGGUGCAACAACUGGUGGACAGAUUAUUCCUCAGAGUUUGGAUUUAAUUGGUCUGGAAAAACUAGAUUGUGGCAGAUUUCCUAGUGAUCAUUGGGGACUGCUUUGCAAUUUUGAUGUGGUAUUAUAAGAAAACAUUUAACUUUCCUAACUUCUUUUAAGGCCUUCAAAAUUUUAAACGAGUUCUAAUGUUAGUUUUGAUUCACAAUCCUAUAAACUAAUCAACUAAUUUUAAUUGUGUGGUGAAUUCUUGCUUAGCAAAGGUGAAACAUUCCAUUAAAACAUUACACAGCGCAGAAUACUUUUAAGUUAAUUCCUGUGGAAGAGAGAGAUUAUUUUAUGCUGUAUAUAUUAUUCAAAAGUUAGAACAAAUUUUAUCAAACAUAUCAAAAUUUGUUCCUAAUAAAGAAUCCUUGUGAGUCUACUUUAAUGGCCCUGUGUUCUGGUAGCUGAAAUGGGGAGAUUACAAAUUCAGGAGGGAAAAGACUAUAAUCUCAGGACUAUUAAUGCAUUGCUGGAAUAUCCUCUAAUUCCUAGUCCUCCCAAAGGAUCAAGGGUUGCUGUCAGUGAAUCCCACCCAGGCCUGUUCUCCCUUGGCUAUUUCUUUGAGUGCCCAACCCCUAACUUCUCAUGCUAUACUGCUGCUUAUUUGCUCACUGAGCUUUCUAACAAAGGAAAAUCGAGAGCCAAGGAAGCAUCAUGCCACACUGUUCUUCCGGGAGGUGGUAGGAACUGGGGCCAAAAAGAGAGACAACAGAUUGGUUCAUGGCAAAAAAGGUAGUAGGGAUUCUCAAGGAGAGAGACCUAAUGAGAGCAAGGGCUGUGUUGCAAAAGAACAUGGCCAUUCUACCUGUAUUCUUAUUUACAAACCAAGGUUUUGAUCAGUGGAACUCAUUGCUUCACUGUUUCAAAAUGUUUUCAGUUCUCUGGUUAGCUGAUGUUGCCUUUAACUGCUGCUGCUAAUAUAAGAUGUUCUGCUAUUACAGAAGCUUAGUACCUUAUUUCCUAGCCUAACCACUAGAUGAACUAGAUGGAUAUGAAAGGAAUGCAUAUUGCAGUUGGAAAUAAUGAGGUUGUUUAAAUAUAAUUGGCACACAGUUUCUAUUAUGAAAGAGGGUCUUCUCCAGCAAAGUGAUUUCUCAAUAGCCUUUCCUUUACAUUGUGAAAAAAAAAAAAUUCUCUGGCACAAAUAGCAAGAGUGCUGCAGUCCUGUUAUUCAAUUAUUCCCCUGCUGGCUGGGGAAUUCUGGGAGUUGAAGUCCACCCAUGUUAAAGUUGCUGAGGUUGAGAAACAGUGGUCUGUUAGAGGGUGAAGAAUACUAGUAUAUCCAAACCAUUAUAAUAUUUUUGGAUGUCCAUAUUCUUGUGAACUAUACUUUGUGGAAAUCGCUAGCUGGACAAUGGAAAUGAUUUCCCCUGGCCUUUCUGAUUGCUAAGAGACUAAUCCUUCAACACUGGAAAGAUAAACUUACGGCCAUAAUUAGUAAGUUGAUUGAAGACCUGAUGUUACUUGCGAUUUCCGAAUGUGUUGCUUACAGGUGUUUCGUAUGGAUGGAUGAUUACAAUAAAUUAUGGCUGUUCUGUAUUGAAACUGCUGUGUAAAACUGUGCGUGUGCACAUAAAAUACACAUGUAUGAGAGGUCUAUAAUUUUGUUACUGUAUUGCUUUUUUCUGCUUCCGCCCUGUAUUAAAUAAA